AUGGAAACGAGUGAUAUGUUGCCGGAGCCCAUACCAGAGGGAGCGGGAAUGGAUACUCAGGUCAGUUACCCGCGACCUGUGCCCAAACCGAUGCCCCGCUUCGAAGUGACCGAAGAUAUAGUCAUCAGCGGUAUAUCCGGAAGAUUUCCCGAAUCAGACAAUAUGGAUGAAUACGCGGACAAUCUGUUCAAAAAUGUCGAUAUGGUUACGGCUGAUGACCGCCGUUGGCCCGUCGGAUAUAACGAUGGGUUGGGUUCCCGAACGGGUAAACUGAAGAGUAUCGAUAAGUUUGAUUCAUCGUAUUUCUCGACUCUAACCCUUUUGGCGGAUGCGAUGGACCCGCAGGCGAGGAUUAUGCUGGAGACCACUUACGAGGCCAUUGUCGACGCCGGCAUCUGUCCCCAGACUCUCAGAGGCAGUAAAAUUGGUGUUUACGUCGGCAUCAAUACAGUCGCCAAUGCCGAUGGUAUACCUCAAGACGAUUACAACGAUUGUCGGCGCAAAGAGGCGGCCCUCUGGGUCUACGGCAGCUCUAAGGCUCUGUACGCGAAUCGGAUCUCCUUCUUGUUUGACUUUCACGGUCCGAGCACUUUGAUAGACACGGCCUGUUCCGCGUCGAUGGUCGCCCUCACCAACGCUCUGCAGGACAUCCGCACCGGGAAUUGUGACGCGGCUAUCGUCGCCACCGGCAAUCUCACGCCAUCGCCGUUCUCUAACUGUAUCUAUCAGUCCAUUGGUCUCAUGGCUUCCGACGGGAAGUGCAAAGUGUGGGACAAGAAGGCCGACGGUUUCGUCCGAUCGGAAACAGUGGGCUCUAUAUUCCUCCAGAAGCGAAGUGACUGCAAACGAAUCUAUUCUACUUUAUUGCACGCGAAGACCAACACCGAUGGCUUCAAAUCCAUUGGUCUCUUCUCGCCGUUUUGGUUGAGACAAAGGGAUCUCAUGAUUGAGACCUAUCACGAGGCGGGCAUCGAUCCCAAUGACAUCAAGUUCUUUGAAUCUCACGGCACCGGCACUAAUGUCGGCGACCCUCAAGAGGCUAAGGCUAUCGCCGACGCCUACUGUCACGACAGAAAGGAACCGUUGCUAUUGGGAGCCGUGAAGAGUAAUUUGGGUCACUCGGAGGGCUCGUCGGGCUUGAAUUCAUUGGCUAAAGUGAUCGUCGCCUUCGAGAAUAAGUGCAUUCCGGCUAACCUUCACUUCGAGGAACCGAAGCCAGAGAUCGAGUGUGUGGUCAACAAGACAUUGAUUCCGGUGAUGAAAAACACACCGUUUGAGAACGGAAUCGUUGGCGUCAACUCUUUCGGCGUCGGGGGAGUGAACGCACACGCGUUGCUUAAGUCCAACGACAAGGAGGCCACUGAAGACACCUAUAAGAUAUGCGAUCCCAUCCCACGGCUGGUGAACGUCAGCGGACGCACCGAAGCGGCCGUUAAUCACAUCUUCGACUUCAUUGAAAACAAUCCAAAGAAAGUACACAAAGACUUCUUAGCGCUGCUCAACGAAGGAAUGAAAACCGAGACCAUUAAGGGUUCGUCUAAUUUCCCGAACAGAGGAUAUAUGAUAAUCAAAGAGAAACAACACGAAGACACCGAU